CAAAGUGUGUGUGUGAGUCCUUUCGCGGUCCUUCUUGUGGCAUUUUCCAACUUUUUUUGGUCAUGGAGGACCUUUUAUCCGUGUAAAAGUGCACCUGUUCAAGCUUGUUCGGCUCGGCGACGAAAACACUUCUAAAGUGGAAUAUGACAAAGUCGAACGUCUAUCACGAGGAAGACUUCGACGUCGUUCAUCGAUGGUUAUGUGCUCGCUGAAGGGGAUCACCUCUGGUUCAAGAAAACACAAGAGCUGCUUUUUGGACGUAGAGAACAUUAGUCUGUUUCACUUAAACGGCUGUAAUGACAUGAUGAACGAGAGUCCACCGCAUAAUUUACUUCAUUGUGUUUUAACAGGACCCUCAGGUUAAUACAUACCGCCAGAGAAGAUGCAAGCCAAAGAAGAAGCAUCUGAGGUGCCUGACACCCUGAUCUCCACGGAUGACUUAGCCCAAACUGGAGAUGUACUUGAACUUAACACCAUUGGUGGCACAGCUAGCACAGCAGACAGAAAUGACACUACAAGGACUGGACUACCAGGCAGCCAAUCGGGACCCUCUGAAAGCCAGGUGUCUGUAGAGGUGGAUGCGGUCAAAACGACUCAUCUGCCCGACGGGCCCCUUGUUGUGGACUCUUUGAUGGGAGGACCACCUGUUCUCUUGCAGCACACCGGGGAUGACGCCCAGGUCAGUUUGUCUUCCCAGAGGCUACAAGAGGACAACACGUCAUCUCAAACCAACGAGUAUUGUUACUCGGACUACGGCAGCAUUCAGUCGAGUCCCGGCAAUAGUUUCAGUAGCAAAGACUUAAGUGAAUUAAGCAGCAGCUCCUUUGAUAAUACAAACUCUGUCCCUCCUUGGAACUCCUUGGAACACAUAUCCAUGAAAUCCAAAAAAAGCUGGAAAAACAGGCUCACUGCUACCCGAGGAGAUUCCAAAUCUAAAAAGAAAUCGGGAUCCACACGCAGAAAUGACUCCAUCAGCGACAGGGGCAAUACAGGCAAUGAAGAGGAGCGACGAAACGAGCGGUCCCGCCACAUUGUCACCGAACGCGUGUGUUGCUGCUACAGGUCCAUGCAUAGGGGCUGUCUACAGUGUGUGGAGGAGACGCCCGCCAUGUUGUCUGGACUGGUGCUGUCUUUGGCCUUCUGUGUGGCCAUCAUCGUCCUCAUUCCCACCAUGGGAAGGAACCUUGACGUCCACGUUGGAGCUCUGUCGGUGGUCUGUGUGGUUCUCUGUCUGAGCGCCGGCCUCCUUGUGUGCCUGCCUUGGCUAGCCAGUGUGAGGCGCUGCGCUGGAGCCCUGGCACUCUUUGUUUGGGGGACACUGUACGUCACCGCUAUUGUUUUUAUCUUCACCGGAGGACCCGUUACAACAUGGGAGCAGGUAGCGUUCUUCCUCUUCUUGUCGCUGAGUGUGUACACGGUGCUGCCUCUCUCACUGGCUUGGGCCCUCAUGGUGGGGAUUUGGACCAGUGUGACACACAUCGUCAUCAUCAGUGUUUAUGUCCCUGUCACAAGCCCAGAGACACCAGACCUGGUGGUGCAGUUGGUGGCGAAUGGGUUGCUGUUCUUGUGUGUGAACUGCAUUGGCCUCUAUCACCUGUGGACCACAGAGCAUGAUCUGAGGGUGUCAAAUCAGAAGAGAGAGGAGUUCAGCGCCAUCCGCUCACAGAAGGAAAUCAAGAAAUACCAGCAGGAGCGUCUCUUGCUGUCUGUGUUGCCCCUUUACAUCGCUAUAGAGAUGAAAGCAGAUGUGAUAAAGAGACUGACCAAGCCCAAAAGCGAGCACAACAGCGAGCCCAUGAAAAAAAACAAGCUCAAUUUCCACAGUCUAUAUGUUCGACAGCACAAGGAUGUUAGCAUUCUGUACGCCGACAUUGUGGGCUUCACAAAGUUGGCCAGUGCCUGCACACCAGAGGAGCUGGUUGCGAUGCUCAACAAGCUCUUUGGCAGGUUUGAUGACAUCGCAAAGAAAAACGGAUGUCUCCGCAUAAAAAUUUUGGGUGACUGCUAUUACUGCGUGUCGGGCCUGCCGGACCCUAUCCCGACACAUGCCAGCAACUGCGUACAGAUGGGCUUGGACAUGUGCACUGCUAUCAGUAAACUGAGAGAGGCGACAGGUGUGGAGAUCAACAUGCGUGUUGGCGUUCACACAGGCAAUGUGCUCUCCGGCGUGAUCGGCUUACAGAAGUUGCAAUACGAUGUAUGGUCACAUGAUGUCACUUUAGCCAAUCACAUGGAGUCCGGAGGUGUUCCUGGGAGAGUGCAUAUCACAGAGGAGACCCUGAGGCACUUGAACGGAGCAUACCAAGUGGAGGACGGGGAUGGGGGCAGUCGGGAUCCUCUUCUUAGAGGAAGACAAACCUACUUAGUGAUUGACCCCAACAAGUUCAACAGCCUGACAAAAAGACCGACAGAAGCAAACCUUUCUGCAGCUGUCGAAAACAGGCAGCGGGCUUCAAUGCGCAUGUCUCAAUACCUUCGGUCGUGGCAGAACAUCCAUCCCUUCGCCGAGCUCAGUAACCAUCGCGCCAAGUCCUCCAAUAAGACCAAUCCUGUCCAUGUUGCCCCCGUAAACCAGUCUCAAUCGCCUGCUGAACGACCACCUUGUCAGAACAACCCCUCCUGCCUGGUUGUAGAUAAUGGUGUAAGAGGAUCGCUGGACACUCUGAACACCGCAGGGAGGCGAGCCAAGAGGCUCAACUGUCUGACUUUGCUGUUUAACGAUGUGAGCCUGGAGAAGCAGUUUCGCUUCUCAGAGGUGAAGGGCUUACACCAAUCCAUGAGCUGCCUUGCUUUGGUCUUUGUCACACUCUUCGCUGUUCAAAUGCUUGUGUCUGACAAGAACUUUCAAUUGGCCGUGUCCUAUAGUGCCACCUUUCCCGUGCUGGUAAUUCUGCUGUCCAUCGCUUUCUGUGGAUACCUACAGAAAUUGCGUUCCAAGAUCCCACCUCGUGUCCAGUGGAUAUCAGGACUCUCUCGAGGCGUCUCCACCAGGGCGGCUUUGCGCCUGUUUAUUGUCUGCUUAGGUGUGCUCAUCACACUGCUGAUGGCCAUUCUCAACUUUGUGUUUGUCCCAGGAAACAACUGCACCGAUAUUACUAACAGGACCACGCUGGAGGGUCUCAAACUCUACACUGUCCCUUACUAUCUGUACUGCUGCCUGCUGGCCAUGCUGGGAGUCAUCGUCUUCAUUAGGAUAUGUUUGUCAGUGAAGGCUCUGCUGCUCACGCUAGCUGUGGUCGUUUACCUGGCGCUCUUCCUACACGUGUAUGCACUCAGGUCCUACUGCCUCAUCAGCCUACUCUACAACAACACCAGGCCCGGUGUUCUGAAGGACCCUCUUAUCAUGUCAGGGUUUUGGUUGGUCAUCUUUUACAUCAUCUGCCUCAUACUGGCCAGACAGGAUGAGCUGGGUUGCCGUGUAGACUUCCUGUUGGAACACUGUUUCAAGCUGGAACGCGAGGAGAUGGAGACGGUGGAGAACGUCAACAAGCUUCUCCUCCAGAACGUCCUGCCCGUCCACGUGGCCUCCUCCUUUCUGGGCAAGACUGUCCGCAACCAGGACCUGUACAGCCAGUCCUAUGAGUGUGUGUGCAUCAUGUUCGCCUCUGUACCUCAGUUUAAGGAGUUUUACAGUGAGAGCAGCGCCAACAAGGACGGCCUCGAGUGUUUGCGCUUCCUCAAUGAGAUCAUCUCCGACUUUGACGAGAUUUUAUCCAAGCCCAAAUUCUCUUCAGUGGAGAAAAUCAAGACCAUCGGCAGUACAUACAUGGCAGCUGCUGGGCUGACACAAUCAUCGGAUGAUAGGAAGAAAUGCGACAUGUCCUACAGUCACGUGCGCUCCAUGGUGGAGUUCGCAAUCUCUCUAAUGAACAAACUGGAGCUCAUCAACAAAGACUCCUUCAACAGCUUCAAACUCCGCAUUGGAAUAAACCAGGGUCCGGUCAUUGCUGGAGUCAUCGGUGCUCACAAACCGCAAUACGACAUCUGGGGGAACUCUGUCAACGUGGCCAGCAGGAUGGACAGCACGGGAGUGCUGGACAAAAUACAGGUGACUGAGGAGACGGCCCAGGUGGUCCAGAGCGUGGGCUACGGCGUCACACUCCGAGGCGUGAUCAACGUCAAGGGCAAAGGGGACGUGACGACUUACUUUGUCAAUCCAGAGCAGUCAUCUCCACGAUUCUGACCUCCUCCUUUUUAGGGACUAUUACGACGAGCCUGCCACAUUGUGCUCGCCAUAGCGCUGACAUGGCUGUCGCCCUGACGCAGAUGCUGCUGAGUGUCUGGCUAUAUGUGCCUGCCCUCUCUUUGCACCCAUGCACUAAUCACGAAGGGAUGCCUUAGUCUUUGGGAUGAGACGCUAAAUAUAAUCCCAAUUGCUUGAAUGAUCGUUACGAUCAUAGAUGACGAUGCAGCUGUGUCUGCGCUGGACAGUCUGAAUUCUGUAUUUUUGUUCAAUUUUCAGAUCUUGAAUAGUUUGCUGAAUGAAAUGGACAUUCUGCUCAUCUGCACUUGUUGCAUAUGUAAUUGUGUUGCCAAUCGCCAUUUAAACAAUGUGCACUUUGUAAUUGCAUUUAUAUAUAUAUAUAUACUAUAUAAAAUAUUAUUAUUAAUCAUGAUGUCAUGUUGAAAAUAUUUUUCUGUGUAUAUUAUCAAAUACACAAGAAUUGUGUGAGGGUCAGUGUGUCUGACUGUAGUACAUGUGGAAAUGUUUUAUUUUUUUAUUUAUAAAUAAUAAAAAUGAAUGUUUAAAAACUGCGAUUGACUGACAACCAGUCCAAAGUGUACCCUUUUGGUCGAGUGGUUAGCGCGCAGACCUCACAGCUAGAAGAC